AUGGCGAUCAAAGAUGGUGGAAAGAAGAGUGGCCAAAUUCCAGGCCCCAAAGGCCUCCCUGUACUCGGCAACCUCUUCGAUCUCGACCUCAGCGACUCUCUCACAUCCCUGAUAAACAUUGGUCAAAAAUACGCACCCAUCUUCUCUCUGGAACUCGGUGGCCACAGAGAGGUUAUGAUAUGCAGCCGCGAUCUCCUCGACGAACUAUGCGACGAAACAAGAUUCCACAAAAUCGUUACCGGCGGUGUUGAUAAGCUACGACCUUUGGCCGGAGAUGGUCUCUUCACAGCACAACAUGGCAACCACGACUGGGGAAUUGCGCAUCGUAUUCUCAUGCCUCUUUUUGGACCUCUCAAGAUUAGAGAAAUGUUUGAUGACAUGCAAGAUGUCUCUGAACAACUGUGUCUCAAGUGGGCUCGUCUAGGACCCUCAGCAACCAUCGACGUAGCCAACGACUUCACCCGCCUCACACUAGAUACCAUCGCCCUAUGCACAAUGGGAUACCGCUUCAACAGCUUCUACAGCAACGACAAGAUGCACCCGUUUGUCGACAGCAUGGUCGCCGCCCUCAUCGACGCCGACAAACAAUCCAUGUUUCCCGAUUUCAUUGGCGCAUGCAGAGUCAAGGCACUGUCCGCAUUCCGCAAACACGCCGCUAUCAUGAAGGGCACAUGUAACGAGCUCAUCCAAGAACGACGCAAGAACCCUAUCGAGGGAACAGACUUGCUCACUGCCAUGAUGGAAGGCAAAGACCCCAAGACAGGAGAGGGCAUGAGCGAUGAUUUGAUCGUGCAGAACCUCAUCACUUUCCUUAUUGCUGGACACGAGACCACCUCAGGUCUUUUGUCGUUUGCCUUUUACUAUCUCCUCGAAAACCCCCACACUCUUGAGAAGGCCAGGGCAGAGGUCGACGAGGUGGUUGGCGACCAGGCCUUGAACGUCGAUCAUCUAACAAAGAUGCCAUACGUCAACAUGAUCCUCAGAGAGACUCUCCGCCUGAUGCCCACUGCCCCAGGAUUCUUUGUUACACCCCACAAAGAUGAGAUUAUUGGCGGCAAGUACGCUGUCCCUGCUAAUGAAUCAUUGUUCUGCUUCCUCCAUCUUAUCCAUCGCGACCCUAAAGUCUGGGGUGCUGAUGCUGAGGAGUUCAGACCUGAACGCAUGGCUGAUGAGUUCUUUGAGGCUUUACCCAAGAAUGCUUGGAAGCCUUUCGGUAACGGUAUGCGAGGAUGUAUCGGUCGUGAGUUUGCUUGGCAAGAAGCCAAGCUGAUCACCGUCAUGAUCCUACAGAACUUUGAACUCUCCAAAGCCGACCCAAGCUACAAGCUCAAGAUCAAGCAGUCCCUCACUAUCAAGCCCGACGGUUUCAACAUGCACGCCAAACUCCGCAACGACCGAAAGGUCUCUGGUCUCUUCAAGGCUCCUAGUCUUUCAAGCCAACAGCCCAGCCUGUCCAGCCGUCAAAGCAUUAACGCCAUCAAUGCCAAGGACUUGAAGCCCAUCUCCAUCUUCUACGGCUCCAACACUGGAACGUGUGAAGCACUGGCACAAAAGCUAUCUGCUGAUUGCGUCGCUUCUGGGUUCAUGCCUUCCAAGCCUUUGCCUCUUGACAUGGCUACGAAGAACCUUUCCAAGGAUGGGCCUAAUAUCUUACUCGCUGCUUCGUAUGACGGGAGACCUUCUGAUAACGCGGAAGAGUUCACCAAGUGGGCUGAGUCGCUAAAGCCUGGGGAGUUGGAGGGUGUCCAGUUUGCAGUUUUCGGAUGUGGCCACAAGGAUUGGGUUUCCACAUACUUCAAGAUCCCCAAGAUCCUGGACAAGUGUUUGGCAGACGCCGGCGCAGAGCGACUUGUCGAGAUCGGUCUCACAGACGCCAGCACUGGUCGCUUGUACUCCGACUUUGACGACUGGGAGAACCAGAAGCUCUUCACCGAACUGUCUAAGCGCCAAGGUGUCACGCCAACUGACGACUCUCAUCUAGAGCUGAACGUCACCGUCAUCCAGCCCCAGAACAAUGAUAUGGGCGGUAACUUCAAGCGCGCCGAGGUCGUCGAGAACACACUCCUCACAUAUCCUGGAGUCUCUCGCAAGCACAGCCUGUUGCUGAAACUGCCCAAGGAUAUGGAGUACACACCUGGUGAUCACGUUCUGGUUCUUCCCAAGAACCCGCCUCAGUUGGUGGAGCAGGCCAUGUCGUGCUUUGGAGUGGAUAGCGAUACUGCGUUGACGAUAUCCUCCAAGAGGCCGACAUUCUUGCCGACUGAUACACCAAUUCUCAUCUCUAGUCUUCUCAGUUCUCUUGUUGAGUUGUCUCAGACUGUCAGUCGGACAAGUCUCAAGCGACUGGCUGACUUUGCUGAUGAUGACGACACAAAGGCAUGCGUUGAGCGUAUUGCUGGUGAUGACUACACCGUUGAAGUUGAGGAGCAGCGGAUGUCCCUUCUUGACAUCUUACGCAAGUACCCGGGCAUCAACAUGCCUCUCUCUACAUUCCUCUCCAUGCUACCUCAAAUGCGUCCCCGAACAUACUCCUUCGCUUCAGCGCCUGAGUGGAAGCAAGGGCACGGUAUGCUUCUGUUCUCUGUGGUCGAAGCUGAAGAGGGAACAGUUUCUCGACCGGGCGGUCUUGCUACCAACUACAUGGCUCAAUUGAGACAAGGUGAUUCUAUCCUAGUGGAACCGCGACCCUGUAGGCCGGAGCUGCGCACAACGAUGAUGCUUCCUGAACCCAAGGUGCCAAUCAUCAUGAUCGCUGUGGGCGCUGGAUUGGCACCAUUCCUUGGUUACUUGCAGAAGCGCUUUUUGCAAGCGCAGAGCCAGCGCACUGCUCUCCCACCUUGUACUCUGCUCUUUGGUUGCAGAGGUGCAAAGAUGGAUGACAUUUGUCGCGCUCAACUCGACGAGUACUCUCGCGCGGGCGUAGUCUCCGUCCACCGAGCUUACAGUCGAGACCCAGAUUCUCAGUGCAAGUAUGUGCAAGGCUUGGUUACAAAGCACAGUGAGACUCUAGCCAAGCAGUGGGCUCAAGGUGCUAUUGUCAUGGUCUGCAGUGGGAAGAAGGUGUCUGAUGGUGUGAUGAAUGUUUUGAGUCCAAUCCUGUUUGCUGAGGAGAAGAGAUCAGGAAUGACAGGUGCAGACAGUGUUGAUGUUUGGAGACAAAACGUGCCUAAGGAGCGCAUGAUUCUGGAGGUAUUUGGGUAAAUUGGGUACUUGGGUAGGGUUAUUAUUUUGCAUUAGAGUUUAGGUAAAAUGUAUGGUUCAUUUGUUGUAACAUAUAGAUUAGGAUAGACUGAUGUUUAAAGUAUUAUUUAUUUUUGCCAAUGCAAUAGAUCAAUUCA